AUGAGAAUAAUGAAGAACCAGCCUGAUGGGUUUACUGGGCCUGAUCUAGUAACCUGGUCUGCUUUAAUAUCUGGUUUUUCACAGUCUGGGGAGUAUCGUAAGGCCUUGGUUUCUUUCAAGAAAAUGAAUGUUGAAGGAAGAAAGCAGCAUUCCAUAGUUAUUGCUACUUUACUUGCUGUUACUGCACUACUGGUAGUUUUGUCACCAGGCAUCGAGAUACAUGGUUAUGCCAUUUGCCAUAACCUAGACACAGAAAUAAUGGUAUCUUCUUCAUGGGUAGACAUGCAUUCAAAAUGCGGUUUCUUGGAUUUGGGGAUCAAGGUUUUUGAGCAGAUGCAGAAGAGAAACAUUGUUUCUUACAAUUUGAUAAUAGAAAGUAUUGUCAUGGUGGCCUUGAUAAAGAAGGUCGAGGGAUUUUUAAGAGAAUGGAUGUUGAUUUUGGCAUCAGCGCAAAAACUGAGCAUUAUGUUCAGUUUGUGA